UCAGCAUGUAGAUGAGAUCGGCACCUGCUGCGCCUCAUGCUACUUGCGCUCCUCCUCCUUGUCCUCCUCCUCCUCCUCCGUCCGUAGCCAUUCUGGCUCAAGCCGCUUCGGAUUCGAAUCGCAACGCAGCUGAGCCUUCUGGGCAGCCGAGACUGCACAGGGACCCAUGGCGUGCGCCAAGAUGCUCCUCGCGCUGCUCGUCGUCCCCUUCCUGCAGGCGCAGGCGGCGCUUCUGGCAGACAAGUCCAGGGCGCAUGCGAACCCAAUCCGCAAGGUCGUGCAGAUGCUCCAGGCGAUGUCGAAGAAAGUUACAGAGGAAGGUGAGAGGGAAACUGAGCUCUUCGAGAAAUUUAUGUGCUACUGCAAAACUGGAACCUCCGACCUCACAAAGAGCAUCGACGCGGCCGAGACGAAGAUUCCGCAGAUCGCGGCGGACCUGAAGGCGGCGGAGGCCGACCUGGCCGAGACCAAGGAGGGCCUGAAGCAAGACCAGGCGGACCGCGCUGCCGCCAAGGAGGCCAUCGCGGAGGCGACGGGUAUCCGCAAGAAGGAGAACGCGGCGUUCGUUGCUGUCAAGGACGAGCUCAUCGCCAACAUCGCCGCACUCCUGAAGGCCGUCAAGGCACUCGAGAAGGGUAUAGCGGGGUCCUUCCUGCAGACUGGCGCAGCCGACCGGGCGCGCAGGGUGGUGGCACAGGCCAAGGACCUCCUCGAAGAGGACCGCCAGCAGGUGCUCUCCUUCCUGUCGGGCAACCCCUUCUCGCAGGGCUAUGCGCCCUCGAGCGGCCAGAUCGUCGGGAUCUUGAAGCAGCUUGGCGAUAGCAUGGCCACCACCCUCGCCACGGAGACGGCUGCCGAAGAGAAGGCUGUUCACGUAUACAGCGAGCUGAUGAAGGCCAAGACUGCCGAGGUCGACUCGUUGACCGAGGCGAUCGAGGCAAAGACCACGAAGAUCGGUGACCUGGGCGUGGAGAUCGUUACGCUGAAAGACGACGGUGACGACACGGCGGAGGCGCUGGCCGAGGACAAGGCCUUCCUCCAGGAGCUCGAGAAGGGGUGCGGCACGAAGGCGGCCGAGUGGGAGGAGCGCAAGAAGACUCGCUCGGCCGAGCUGCUGGCGUUGGCGGAGACGAUCAAGAUCCUCAACGACGAUGACGCGUUGGAGUUGUUCAAGAAAACGCUUCCAGCCCCAGGCGUUGGCCUCAUGCAGGUGCGCGUCAGCUCCCGCGACAUGCGCGACCUGGCGGUGUCGGGGCUGCGCCGCGCGCGCCAGGCGGGCAACCGCCAGGACCGCACCAAGCUGGACCUGAUCAUGCUCUCACUGUCAGGCAGGAAGGUGUCCUUCGCCAAGGUAAUCACCAUGAUCGAUUCAAUGGUUGCCAUGCUGAAGGAGGAACAGCUUGCGGACGAGCACAAGAAGGAGUACUGCGAGCUUCAGUUCGACGAGGCGGACGACAAAAAGAAGGAGCUCGAGCACACGAUGGAGGUGCUGUCCAACGAGGAGCAGAAGGCCACGGCGGCCAUCGAGAAACUCACGGAGGAGAUCGCGGCCCUCGUUGCGGGCAUCACGGCGCUGGACGAGUCCGUCGCCUCCGCCACUGCGCAGCGCAAGGCGGAGAACCAGGAGUACAAGGACUUGAUCGCCUCCGACUCUGCCGCCAAGGAGCUGCUCGAGAUCGCGAAGAACCGUUUGCAGAAAUUUUACAACCCGAGCCUGUACACCCCCCCUGCCAAGACCGAACUGUCGGCGGAGAGCCGCAUCGUGGUCGACAUGGGCAAUCCGGACGACAUCGUGACCACCACGCAGCCGGGCGGCAUCGCCAACACGGGCGUCUCCAUCUCCUUCGCGCAGGUGGCUGCCCGCGCCCGCGUGCGAGACGACGUGGCGCCGUCCCCGCCGCCCGAGACUUGGGACGCCUACGCCAAGAAGGGCCAGGAGAGCACUGGGGUGGUUGCCAUGAUCGACCUCCUGGUACGAGACUUGACGCUCGAGAUGACUGAGGCCAAGACGGAGGAAAAGGAGGCGCAGAGCGAGUACGAGACCCUGAUGGCCGACUCGGCGCAGAAGCGCGCGGACGACUCGAAGACCCUGGCGGACAAGGAGAGCGUCAAGGCGCAGACGGAGGUCGACCUGCAGGGCUACAAGGCCUCCAAGCUCUCGGCAUUCAAGCAGCACCAGGCGACGAUGCAGUACAUUGCCUCCCUGCAUGCCGAGUGCGACUGGCUGACACAGUUCUUCGACGUAAGAAAGGAGGCGCGCAACGGGGAGAUCAAGUCGCUCACAGACGCGAAGGCGGUGCUGAGCGGGGCAGACUACUCGCUCUGAGGCGGCGCGCGCGCGCAGGCCUGGGGCACGCCACCAGGGCCGCGGCCUCGGGCGAGUCCGCGGAGGUGCGAGCCGCGCGGACGAGGCGGCGCGCGGCUCCGGCGCCCUCCGCCCGCAAGUGGGCGGUC